GACGUGCGACAUUUCCCGUGGUGUGAUGUUUAGAUCACUAUUGACUUUAAAGCUCGGUGUUUAUUCAGCAGAAGCUCGGAUCAGAUCAGAAUGGCUUUAGCAGCGCCUGUGCCCAGCUCCCCGGGAGAGAACGAAUACCCGUCCGGUUUCCCGCAGAGCAUCUGUGAUGAAGUUCCGGCGCAGAAAUACUUGUGUACUCACUGUGACUGUGUGCUCAACGGAGCGCACCAGAGCACGUGCGGACACCGCUACUGCCUCGCGUGCGUUCACUGGCUCAUCAGAAAUAACAAAAAUCUUGUGUGCACAAAGUGUAAAGAAGACCCAAACCAGCAAGGCAAGUACGGCUUACUGACUCUUGACCAGUUCUUCAACGACGCAGCAAUCAAUAAAGAGAUCCUGGCUCUGAAAGUGCACUGCACCAACCCUGGCUGUACGUGGACGAGCACCUUGGAGGACUUUGAGGAGCAUCAGAGUCAUUGUGAAUACGCUUUAAUCCCCUGCAACGUUGGCUGUGGAUUGAUGGUUUUGAGGAAGACGUUGGCUACUCACCUGGACAAGGGCUGUCCCAAUAAUAAGAGCUUGUGUCCUACAUGUUCCUGCCCACUGACCCCUUCAGAACUGCAGAAACAUGUGUGUCCGAACGACAAGAAGUCCUCAAAAGCAGAGAAACGUCAGAAGGAUAAUAAGCAAUCAAAUUCCAGAAGGAAGGAGUCAUGUCAGUUCUCUGAAGUUGGAUGCCCAUUUAAGGGAACUGUAGAGAAAUUGCGAGAACAUGAAAGCUGCAGUUCCACAGCCCACCUUCAGCUCCUCCUGGAGGUCUUCAGAAGUGUUCGGGUCUCUGUUCCUUCCCCGCCUGAGAGGAGCGUGCACUUCCCAGGCCUGGACCUGCUCCUACAUGGACAGAGCUCACCUUCUGUUUGCACUCAACCAGCUUGUGAGGUAGAGGUCGACGGAAUGGAUGGAGGAGUAAACGACAUGGCACUCAGCCUACAUGAUGACCAAGCUGAGCUGGAAGUGGGCCAGCAGCUUCACGCCCUUCAGCAGAGGCUACAGAUCAUGGAGAACAUCAUCUCGGCACUCAGUCAUGAGGUGGAGAAAACCCAGCUCACCGUGACAGCUCUGGACAGAGACACCAACACCAACAUGCAGCUGGUGGAGCACUUGGACAGCGUGGUUGCGGAUCAGCAGCAGAGGAUGAUCAGGAAAGACCUGCACAUCGCCUCGCUGCAGCAGAGCAUCAGUGCGCAGCAGGACGUGUCCUACGACGGCACGUUUCUCUGGAAGAUCUGUAAUGUCAGUCAGAAGUUAAGAGAGGCAGCCACAGGGCAAAAGAGCAACCAGUAUUCGCCAGCUUUCUAUACAUCCAGAUAUGGAUUUAAAGUGUGCAUGCGGUUGUACAUAAACGGAGACGGAGUGGGGAAAGGGACGCACAUGUCUCUUUUCUUUGUGAUUAUGAGAGGAGAGUACGACCCCCUUCUCUCGUGGCCUUUUAAACACAAGGUGACUUUCUUCCUCAUUGACCAGAACCAAAGAGAGCAUGUAAUCGACACGUUCCGUCCCGACCUCUCGUCCGUAUCGUUUCAGCGGCCCGUGUCUGACAUGAACGUGGCCAGCGGCUGCCCUCUCUUCUGCCCUCUGGCCAAGCUGCGCUCCCUGAAGCAUGCGUACUGCAAAGACGACACACUUUUUAUCAAGUGUGUGGUGGACUCUUCAUCCUGAAUGAUGAAGAAGGGGCUGAGGUCAUGUUGAGUGUUCUGCUGUUGUGGAAAAUCUGGCUUUGGGUGAAAAAAUAUGCUGGAAUUAUGGCUCGUUCUUUUGCUGCUUCAUCUAAAAUAUAUUUAAAAGCUGUAUCAUGGUGACUUUAUGAUUGCUGUUAUUAAG